AUGCCGCGGCCGGGGAAGAGUUCGUACAGCGACCAGAAGCCGCCCUACUCAUACAUCUCGCUGACCGCCAUGGCCAUCCAGCACUCGGCCGAGAAGAUGCUGCCGCUGAGCGACAUCUACAAGUUCAUCAUGGAGCGCUUCCCCUACUACCGCGAGCACACGCAGCGCUGGCAGAACAGCCUGCGCCACAACCUCUCCUUCAACGACUGCUUCAUCAAGAUCCCGCGGAGGCCCGACCAGCCGGGCAAGGGCAGCUUCUGGGCGCUGCACCCUGACUGCGGCGACAUGUUCGAGAACGGCAGCUUCCUGAGGCGCCGAAAGCGCUUCAAGGUGCUGCGCGCGGACCACACUCACCUGCACGCUGGGAGCGCCAAGGGGUCGCCAGGCGCGGGGCCCGGAGGGCACCUGCACCCCCACCACCCGCACCCCGCGCACCACCACCACCACCACCACGCUGCAGCGCACCACCACCACCAUCACCCCCCGCCGCAGCCGCCCCCGCCCCCGCCGCACGUGGUGCAUUAUUUCCACCAGCAGCCGCCGCCGCACCUCCCGUCGCAGCCCCCGCAGCCGCCCGCCCAGCAGCCGCAGCAGCCGGCUCACCCCGGCAAGAUGCAGGAGGCGGCGGCUGUGGCGGCCGCGGCGGCCGUGGCUGCAGCCGCGGUGGGCAGCGUGGGGCGCUUGUCGCAGCUCCCGCCCUACGGGCUGGGCCCCGCCGCCGCGGCGUCCACGUCGGGCUUCAAGCACCCGUUCGCCAUCGAGAACAUCAUCGGCCGUGACUACAAGGGCGUGCUGCAGGCCGGCGGGCUGCCCUUGGCCUCGGUCAUGCACCACCUGGGUUAUCCGGUGCCGGGCCAGCUCGGCAACGUCGUCGGCUCCGUGUGGCCACACGUCGGGGUCGUGGACUCGGUGGCCGCGGCCGCCGCGGCCGCCGCCGCCGCAGGGGUGCCCGUGGGCCCGGAUUACGGGGCCUUUGGGGUGCCGGUCAAGGCCCUGUGCCACUCGGCGAGCCAGGGCCUGCCCGCGGUGCCGGUGCCCAUCAAGCCGACUCCCGCGCUGCCGCCCGUAGCCGCGCUGCCGCCGGCUCUCCCGGUACCCGCGGCCGCACAGCAGCCGCCGGCGUCGUCCGCCCUGUGCCCGACGGCCUCCGCCUCGCCCGUCGCCUCCCUGCGGGAGCCCAGCGCCGCGAGCGCGGCCGACAGCAAGGGCGGCUCGCUGCACUCGGUGCUGGUGCACUCCUAA